AUGCAAGCCACCCCAAGUGGUGCAGCGCUCGACACAGUCCAGUCCAGGGGGAAGGACAAUGGCCCGGGGGAAAAGCGAAAACAGCAAAACAGAAUAGCUCAACGAAGGUAUCGAGACAAGAUAGCUAGCCGCACAAAAACACUUGAAGCCUUUGCCCAACAAGCUCGCCAACUACUCAGUGAUGUGGUUGAUCUCGAAUUGGGAGAGCCACGAUGUCCGGAAUGCAGCCACUGCCGAGGGCUUGAAAACAAUCACGAAGUCAAUACGCUUCAUGUUGCAGAUGCACCUACUCCACCAGCUCAUCCUUGUCAUCGGGACGCCGUGAUAAACUCUUUCAACUUUUCGGACAGCGCAUCUCAGGAGAAUCUACCAACAAUCCCGGCUGCCAUCUCAAGAACGGGAACUCGGACUCCUCGCCCUGGCGAACCCCGAACCCUUACGAGCAGCAGUCUUGCUUCCCUACAAGACGAUCCAGGAGAAGGGCGCGCAGCAAACACAGGAGUGCCAAUGACACCCAACCAAGGCCUCUCUGUAAAACCGAGAGAGGAUGCUGCUCCCUUUGGAGCUUUACACACCCCUUUGUCCGACCAGACCUUUGUGGACUAUAUGGAUUUUUCAGGCCUGGAGUUUCUGAACAGUCACACCAACACGAGCAUCUUGACUCCAUCCGAGGAGUCCGUAGCGCCGACGAUAACAUGUCAAGAAAGCGUGCAGGCCAGUGCGGCGUUGCAUUUGGCGGCAAGAGAAGGCCGAACGCGAAUUCUCUCCAUCCUCCUACGUACUGGUUUCCGCGUGGAUGCGCGAGAUGAACGAGGGAGGACGCCGCUACAUCACUGUGCAACGCAUGGACAUACGGACGCGGCCAGGGUGCUUCUCGAAGCUGGAGCCAGUAUCAAUGCUGUGGAUGUGGACGGAAUCAGUGUCAUAAUAGCUGCGGUCAAAGCAGGAAGUGAGAAAAUGGUGGAGCUGCUGCUAAGUUAUAAGAGAUAG